UGCGAAAAUAAGCUUAUGAAAAAAAAAAAAAAAGGUACCGUAGCAUCCUCGGCGCUGUGAGCUUGCGAUCAGGAACUCUCUAUCGCUUAUGAAAUUAAUACGGCCCAAAAUCGUAUGCUCAGAAGGCGCGUAUAAAACCAAGAGACUUAUCCACCAGAUGGAAGGAUCUCUCAUUUGAUCGCUCUACAGCAGUUCAGCGCAUUCUCAUUCAUCUCUAUAUCUUCGUACUCCUACUUAUAAGGGGAAUCACUAUUGCACCAUGUCUUCCACCGCAAUACUUACUCUCCUCUUCUCGACAGCUGUCGUUGCUCUUAACCCCAGCUGUGCCCCCGGGGGAAACUUCGACUUGAGCAAAUGGAAUCUCCAACUUCCCAUAGGCAGUGUUGGUAGUCCCACCACCAUAUCUAGUUCCGCUCUAGAGGGCUGCAAUGGCUACCAAGACCCGGGCCACCAGUACUUCUUCACGGAGAGCGGUGACGGUGCAUUGGUGAUGAAGGUGCCUGGCUCGCCCUCCUCAUCAGGCUGCGUUACAACACCCAACAGUCAACACUGUCGGACCGAACUGCGCGAAAUUAGCCCAUCUAGCUGGGAUCCCAACGCAGCGACCAACCGACUUAGCGCGACUCUCAAAGUCACCCAGGCCGACGAUAGCAGUCAUGGCACAGUGAUCGGACAAAUCCACAUUGACGACAGCAUCUCGAGCAAGCCUGUCUGCGAGCUGUUUUACAACAGCAACGGCGAUAUCUCCAUCGGCGUUGAGCAGACACGUAGUGGUGGAAACGAAGUUGUCACAUAUGUCGAUAAUGUGCCGGUAGACACGACUUUUUCAUAUGAGAUCCAGUAUGAGUCGAACGUGCUCAGCGUCAGCAUCAAUGGCGGCGCGGCCAAGACGUUCAGUACUUACAGUCUGGAUGCGCCAAAGAGCUAUUUUAAGGUGGGGAACUACAAUCAGGGAGACAGUCCGUCGGAUGUUCACUUCUUUGCGAUCUCAACGCAGCAUUAAACUUCAGCGGGAAGUCGAGAUUACUGCUCUACUUAAACAUCUUGGAGAAGGCGAAUCCUUUCCAUUCUAUCACGGACAUACCCUAUCACGAUCUACAUCGUCCUCAUACAUGAUUAGGAAUUGUAAAAUAACGCAUAUGGAGCAUACUUUAAAUAUCCAUUAAGUAUCAGCCAUUUCUUUUCUGGAUGGUUCUGCCAGCCACUUUAAGCUGGGGCGGGUUCUAUUUAUGGAUCGUGCACUCCGCGUUCUAGACCACUGAUAUCCAACCAAAACACAUUUAAAACAUGA